AUGCGCGUCUCCUCUCUUAUUGCCGCUUCUACAAUUGCGCUUUUGGCAAGCCCCAGCUUGGCAGACCAACCUAUCGCAUCGGUCGGAAUAUGGACUUACCGCUUGGAUGGGCAUCUUGUUAGAGGUGAUGAAUGUGUAACUGUCGACGAGAUAUUUACGCACCAACCUGUGCGCCGUGUAGAUAUUAAGCCAGUUAUAUCUGGUACUGAAAUCAGAUGUACCUUCUAUAAGUACGAUGUGCCCCCUUCUAAAUGUCUCGAAAAGCUCCAGCUAAAACGAAGCAAGGAACCCCGUCUGCCAUUCAGAUAA